CAUGUUCUGAAUGGGGUGGGUCUCUACACAGUAAAGCUCCAGCUCCCUGCCGUUUUCGCCCCAUUGUCGAUUGAUGACCACCGUCGGCGACCCAACGUUGGUUCCCACGGGAAUUGGAAUUUACAAACCUUGCAAUCCGACCCAAUCCUCGACAAUCCCAGAGCCUUCUCACUCAACAAUGACCCAGCAAAUUCCCCGGUGACAUCGACCGCCCCUCCCCUCCCGACCACGCAGGCGACCGACCCUACCCUCCCUCCGUUCCGAAGCCCGAGACCAGGAUGGCGCCCAUGGUCCUCGACGGGCCCGACCUCGCCAUGGCCGAUGCGCCGCUGCGGGAGGCCUGGCGGCGCCUCCCCGAGCCGACCAUCCACACAGUCCGCGAGGCAAGGUUCGAAAAGUACGAGCCGCCCCAGCCCGACGGCCUCGAGCGCGCCAACGCCAUGGCCGCCGCGGCCGACGCGCCGCGGCCGGCCAUCGUCAUAGACUGCGGGUCCUCGGCCGUCAGGGCCGGCUGGUCCUUCGACAGGGACCCGCGCUUCGUGCUGCCGCCGAUAAUGGCAAAGUACCGCGACCGCAAGCUCGGCAAGACCUUCAGCUUCGCCGGCUGGGACUGCUACUCGGACACGACGGCAAAGGGCCACAUCAGGAACGCGUACGAGGCCGGCACCGGCAUCAUCAGCAACUGGGAUGUCAUGGAGCAUGUCCUCGAUUACAUUUUUAUCAAACUGGGGCUCAACGAUACGGGCGACUCGAUAGACAGGCCCAUCGUAAUGACGGAAACCGUUGCGAAUUUUCCAUAUUCACGUAAAUCCAUGACCGAGAUCCUCUUCGAGUGCUACGGCGCACCAUCGGUAGCCUACGGCAUCGACUCUCUCUUCUCCUAUAGACACAACAAAGGCAACACGGGCCUGGUCGUCUCGUCCUCGUACAGCGCCACCCACCUCAUCCCGGUAUACAACCAGCGCGCAUUGCUGUCCCAGGCCACACGCCUGAACUGGGGCGGCUGGCACGCGUCCGAGUACCUGCUCAAGCUCAUCAGGCUCAAGUACCGGGACUUUCUGGGCAACGUCAAGCUCAACUCGUCCCAGACCGAACACAUGCUCCGCGACUUCUGCUACGUCUCCACCGACUACGAUCAGGAGCUGAGCGCGUGCCUCGAGUGGACAGGCCUCGAGGACCGCGAGCGCAUCAUCCAGUAUCCCUUCACCGAGGAGGUUGUGGUCCAGAAGUCGGAGGAGGAGCUGGCCCGCAUCGCCGAGCGCAAAAAGGAGAGCGGAAGGAGGCUACAGGAGCAGGCGGCCAAGAUGCGGCUUGAGCGCCUCGUCAAGAAGGAGCAGGAGCUCGAGUACUACCGCAAGGCGCAGGCGAGCUUGGUGGACCAGAACAAGAAGGAGACGAAGCGCAUACUCGACGACGCCGAGGUUAAGGACGAGGCUCAUCUCGACAAGACGAUCCGGGAGCUAGAGAAGACGAUCCGCAAAGCGCGGACCAAGGACCUCGGCGGCGAGGCCGAGGAGGAGGCGGUCGAGGAGCCCGACUUCUCGCUCCUCGACGUGCCCGACGACCAGCUGGACGAGGCGGGGAUCAAGGCCAAGCGGCAGCAGAAGCUCAUGAAGUCCAACCACGAGGCGCGGGCGCGCGCAAAGGCCGAGAAGGAGGCCGAGAAGGCGCGCGUGGCCGAGGAGGCGCGGCUGGACGAGGAGCGGCGCACCAACGACCUCGAGAGCUGGCUCGCCGAGAAGCGGCGGGCGCACCAGGAGGUGCUGGCCAAGAUCAAGGAGCGUGAGCACCUGACCAAGGACAUGGGCAACCGCAAGACGCUAGCCUCGGUCAUGCGCAUGAAGAGCAUCGCGAACCUGGCCUCGGACGCGCCCGCGGGUGGCGGGGCUGGCGGCUCGUCGCGCAAGCGGCGGCGCGGCGGCGACGACGACGACUUUGGCGCCGACGACAACGACUGGGGCGUCUACCGCCACAUCGCCGUCAACAAGGACGAGGGGGGGAGCGACGACGAGGAUGGCGAGGAGAACGUGGACGCGCAGCUCGCCGCGCUCGAGCAGGAGCUGCUGCUGCACGACCCGGCCUUUACGUACGAGCACACGCGCGAGGCCCAGAACGACUGGAGCAAGCGCCUCGAGCACGCCUUCUCGCGCGGGCCCAGGCCCUUUGACCCCGAGUCGCCCGCCGAGCGCCACCAGGUCCACCUCAACGUCGAGCGCAUCCGCGUCCCCGAGGUCCUGUUCCAGCCCGCCGCCAUCGCGGGGCUCGACCAGGCCGGCCUCGUCGAGAUCGCCGGCGACAUCCUGACCCAGCGCCUGUCUGGCCUGCUGUCCUCGCCGUCGCCGUCGUCGUCAUCGUCAGACGCCUUUUUGCGCGACGUCUUCCUGACCGGCGGCCUCACCCUGCUCCGCAACCUCGACGUCCGCCUCGCCGACGGCCUCCGCGCCCUCCUGCCCGCCGGCGCCCCGCUCGCCACCCGUCGCGCCGCCGACCCGCUGCUCGACGCCUGGCGCGGCGCCGCCGGCUGGGCCGGGUCCGACGCCUGGAAGGCCGCCUGCGUCACGAGGGAGGAGUACCAGGAGCGCGGCGCCGAGUACAUCAAGGAACACGGCAUGGGUAACGCGUUUGUGUAGACUUGUCAGACAAGGCUGGAAGCACUAGCAAGGAAGCUUAAGAAUACCGGCCCACAUGUUUCCCCAUCUCCAACAGUCUUGUUUUCUAGCUGUUCUUUUUCUUCGUGGACUUUUUUUCUUUUCUAUAGACCCAAAUGAUGAAUUAUGGGAAGGAGCCCCCUUGUUUGUAUACCAUUUGUAAACGCGUGGUGGGAUGGGAAAUUAUGACUUUUUUUUUCUUUAUUUAAGGUCGCGGUUCAUAAACACAUCUGGAGCCGCUGUUUGACAUGCUGUGACCCCCGUUGCUCAUGGG